AGGAGACGGAGAAGAAGGGAUCCAACCUAUCCAUAUACACAUACACACGAUAUAUUCAUACAUUACACCUACACGUAAUUUAUUUGCCUACUACUUACCUGCAGCGCAGGGUGGCAGGCGUCCUCCAGGUCACGGUCUCUGCCCAUCUACCUACUGUUGAUCUCCUAUGCUAGUCGGCUUAGGUGUCAGUCCAGCACCGCUGCCGGGCUGCUUUUCUACUACCCGAAUCUUACCUCACCUCGCCCUGGGCGCUUUCUUAUUAUUUCCCUCCCACAUAACCGCCCAGUAAUACACCAGUAGCAGCCAGUCUUCCCCAGUUCUUGGUGCACGGAUGAUAACCUCAUACCUGAUUACUUUUCCCUCCCCUCUCCGUCUCCGACUUGUUUAAAUCUGUUCCUAUUCCGUCCUAUUCUGCUGCCGGCCAACGCUGAGUCCAUUUCGUUAGUCACCGUCCACGCUCGCUUGCCAACGCCCAAUUGGAUCGGAUCCCUUCGGCGAUAACUAACUUGCCACUGUACAUAUAGAGCUGAUAAUCUCUCUGCGCAUCCUGGCGUUUGCCGACUCGGGUGGCUAGACGAAACGCAGCAAGAUUUCCUCAAAAUGCGCUGGGAAGGAAAGUCCAAUCUUCUGAAUAAGUGAAGAAAUUGAGAAAGGAGACGGCAGCGGACUGUUCUUCGCGGAGGCAGCCAGCGUCGGCGCCCGCACCCGAUCAGAGAUGACACCGCUUUCUCGCUCUUCACAACCUCCUACGAAUCGCGCGGCAUCGGUUAAAGCCGAGGCCGCGGAUGAUAAAACGUCAGACAACGAGGGCUCCGUCUUGCAGACUUUAGGGACCGAGUCUCUAGCUGGGGAUACGCCAGCGUCCGCCCCCCAAGGCAAUCCCGCCGAGAGCUCCAGCGAAACUCCGUCCAUUCCUCUCCAGAAGCGCCGGAGGGUCACACGCGCCUGCGAUGAGUGUCGUAGGAAGAAGAUCAAGUGCGACGGCAAGCAACCAUGCACCCACUGUCAGGUGUAUAGCUAUGAAUGCACCUACGACAAACCGUCCAAUAGGCGUAGGAACCCAGCCCCGCAGUAUAUAGAGGCUCUGGAAAACAAACUAUCGAGAGCGGAGGCAUUGCUACGCAAAUUCAUGCCAGAUGUCGACCUCAACGACCCAAGUCUGGACCCCGCGGUCCAGCAGGAGUUUCGCAUGCGAGAGCAGGCCAGGCUUCGAGCUGCGGCGGCUAAGGGGAAGCAGUCGUCCAGCUCGUCAUCACUAGACGCUCAAUUGCACUCUAUGAUCGAAACUGUCGGUCAGCUCGACCUCGACGAAAAAGGCGACUAUGAUUUUCAUGGAAAUUCAUCCGGCUCGGUCUUCUUCAAGAGAAUGAAAGAGCAUUUCCGCAGUCUUUUGGGCAGGGACUACCAGAUUCCGUUUCUGCCUCGCCCGCCUAGGCCAGUUGGCAUGACUGCCUUUGACUCUCCUCGGGCUUCAAGCUCGCGGGCGCCGCAAAGCAACGCUGGACACGCGUAUGAUUUACCCCCGAAGGAAAGGGCACUUGCCCUUUGCUCCGAGUCUCUUCAUAAUGCGACCUGUCUGCUACGGAUUGUUCACAUACCUUCUUUCUAUAAGAUGUUGGAUGGCAUAUAUGACAAGCCGGCGGACGCGUUUAAGAAGGACAAGAGGAGCUUAGCGCUGGCAUUCUCUGUUAUGGCACUCGGCUGCAUGUAUAACAUGCCCGAGGAUGACAAAACCGAGACGCCGCCGUACAAGACCGCAAUCGAUGAAGCGGCCAAGUAUUACAGCGCGGCCAGAGCGCUACUACAGGACAUAACCGAGUGUCGAGACCUCACGUCGCUCCAGGCAUUGCUCUUCAUGAUACUCUUUAUCCAGUCGGUAUCGAAUUUGAGCACCUGUUACGGGUUCGUGGGAAUCGCCCUUCGAUCGGCGUUAAGGAUGGGCUUACAUCGACACCUACCUCACAUUAAACUGAACCCAAUAGAAUCUGAGACGAGACGGAGAGUGUUCUACAUAUGCCGGCAGAUGGACACGUAUGUAUCCGCGCUGCUCGGGUUCCCGUUGCUCCUCAAUGACGAGGAUAUCGACCAACCCUUACCGACUCCCGUGGACGACCAGUUCAUCACCAAAGAUGAAUUGCUCACGCCGAUCCCCGGGACUCCGUCUUUCUUUGAGGCCUUCAACGCGCACGUGAAGCUGAUGGACAUCCUGGGCAAGGUUGUGAAGCACAUAUAUCCGGUCAAGGGCAUUGAACAGAGCGAGACCGAAGGCCUUGGGGAACCGUACGCGUCAUAUAUGAUCAGCUACGGGAAAAUCAAGGAGCUAGAAAGGGAACUCCAGCAAUGGAACGAGGAGUUGCCUGUUGCCUGGCGGCCGGAUUCCGAAGGGCCCAUCGAAGUCGUCCGGGUUCGUAACCUCCUGCGAUUCGCGUACGCCCACGUGCAGAUGGUGCUAUACAGGCCGUUUCUCCAUUACGUUUCUCCGCGUAUUUCCGCCGGCAAAGACGUGAACGAGCGCGCUUACGCCUGCGGGGCAGCCGGUAUCAGCGUGGCGCGCAAUAUUGUCCACAUCGGCACGGAGAUGCGGAAACAGGUGUCUCUUGUCGGGCCAUAUUGGUUUACCCUCUUCACCGAAUUCUCCGCCAUCAUAUCCCUCGUCUUCUUCGUCCUAGAGAACCAAGACAAGCCAGGUUCUAUGGAAAUACUUGCUGAUGCAGUCGCGGGGAAAGAGGUGAUAGACGGACUGGCGAGGAAGAGCAUGGUUGCAGAUCGCAUAUCGGGCGCUUUGGAUGUGCUAUUCGACCGAUUGCCGGAAAACCUCAAGGAGGUGAAGGCCCGAGCUACACCGUCCCGAAAACGCCCUGCCUCGGGGUCGGGGGAUAGCAACACGUCGUUGCCGCUUCGGCCGGCAUAUUCUGCAGACACGGCGCUUUCGCAGCCUGAGGAAGGCUCGUCACAAAAAGUCUCCUCGAAAAGGGCGGGGAAAGCGCCAGCCGACUCGGUAGAGCGAGACAUCUCGAUCGACGGCUCCCCCCUACCACAACCCGAGCUAGGCGGCUCGUUCACCUCCAGUUUUCACUUUUCGCCUCUAGACCUGUCGAUACCAUCACCAGAUUCCGUGGCUGCUGGAGGUUUGCACGAGACGAGCCACAUGGACCUACAACACGAGACAGCCAGUACGGGUGACCCGAUUCACCAACUCGACGCCGUCAUGUUUCCCUCAGACGAUCCUUUGGCAUACCCAAACCUCCCCCUGGUUGAUUUCGGGAGUCAUCAACCAGGCAUCGCCGACGCUAGCCCAGGAAGCAUCUCACACCACGACCCUUCUCAAUUCUAUAUGCCUAACUUCUACGAUGGGAUCGAGGGACAACUCAUGGGCCCUUUGCCGCCGUACUUCAUGCAAUCCCAGGUCCAACCAGGCUUCAACUUCCCAGCUCAGAUGUACUCAGACCCUAUGCUGCAGCAGAUGCACCCGGCAGAUCACCGGCAAGUGCAAGGGCAUUCCCGGUCUCAGUCAGGUCAGUCACAAGCACUGCGACGACGACCCCAACAAUUGAGCGAUAUGGAGGAAUUGCUAGCUAAUUCGCCCUGGCACGGAUCGUUCGCCCAGCCUGGUAUGGACUAAGUUUAUGAAUAGAGGGGAAUACCUCAUGCAUGACGGCAACACUAGCAUUUGCGCAAAUCCGGAAUUGUAAGACGACCGAGAUCGAUCACUAGGAGAGGCGUCUGGGGUAGUCCUUUUUUUUGUUCGCGCGCCUAAAAAGUUAACGGAAAGUCGAGGUGGAAUAUACAAGGCCUUUUCACAACUAGAGACGGCGAGGUGGCUUUCAUAAUGUAAAUGUUGGCUGAGGUGAGAUGUUGCGAGAGAGACAGGCAAGGGAGUGCGGGCGGGGGGUGGGUGGAGAGCAUUGGAGGAUAACGAUAACGCGAGCUGCAGGAUACGUGGCGGGGGGGAGGGGACAACGGCCUGCUGCAUACGGGUGGCUAGGAAGGGUAGAAUAUGAGUAGACGCGCGAAUCCAGCCUGUAAAGUAGGUGUAGCUUGCUGGCCGGCAGACAGGGCGGGUGAAUGGUACGGCGACGACGACGUGCAGGCAGACUUGAUACCCAAGCUGCUUGGGUAUGCAGGUACAACGCUGAGCGGUGGAUGGAACCGCGCCACGUGAGACCCUCUCGCUCGACGGUCGACCAGCUACGGCCAGCCACGCCAUCAAGUGCCCUGGUCGAAUCAGCGGUGCCGGGUCUGGGCCGGGCUGAUAGGCGGACGCCAGGGUGUUGGCGCAUAUUCCGCUGGCGAACUAACAGGCUUCCCCCACCCCGUUAAUAUCUGUCUGUGU